GUGCGUUACUGUAUUUUUGCUUGUUCAUAGACGCUCAUUUAAUCUAGUGCUCCAAGUUAUUUCUUUCCACUUCAAGUUACUGAAUAUUGUCUCCAGAAAAUGUCCUUCGACUUUCUUGACACCAAACAGUUUGGGCUCCGCACACACUUGUACCAUAUAAUCUACUUUUUUUCCGAAAUACUCUUGACAUUCGCCAACUUUAUAAAGUCUUCGAUAUGAAUCAGACAAUUGAAUAAUAUGUAAGGUUCGACCUAUAGGUCAGUGUUAAUACUCGACACGUACGAUUAUCUUUGAUUGAAUUCUCGAAAAAAAAACAUAAGUAAGCAGUUCAUGAUGGGUUUGUGGAUAUAUAUGGUGGUUAAGAAUGUUCACUGUAUCAAACAAUAGGUUAUUUCAUGCUUACUUUUUUUGUGGCUACUUCUCAUUGCGCCAGAUCCAAGUAGGGAUGUGAAUCUAUGUACAAAAAAUUUCCGUCACUCACAAAAACGUUGAAGCACGGACAACCCAAUCAAACGCAUCCACAUUGCCAUUGAGGAUCUUAACUUUCAUCAAUAUGAUUCUGAAAUGAAGUGACAAUCAGUGGUUGUGGUAGUGUUCUUAUACUAUUUUGGGGAAUUCCCCAGGUCUGGGGAAAUUUCGGGGUUUUUGUGCCAUUUCCCCAAAACAGGUAAAAAUUUUCCCCAAAAUUGGGAGCUCGGGUAGUUUUGAGAAAUAUGUGGCUUAUGCACGUACAAUAGAUCAAUAAUGCUCAAGAUUUACUUCUGAGCCUAUGAGUGGCUCGAUGAAAAAGUCUGCGAGGUUGAUGUAAGAUUUAAGUUUCAUCAAUACAUUAUCACUAAUGGAAUAUGGGCCAAACAUUUUACAUAGAAGGAAACAAACCACUUCGAUCGCUAAAACCGAAAUAAAUGGUAUUUUAUUUUUAGACCACCUUGUUUGAAUUCUACCUACAUUUGAUUGUGAUUACUUGUCAACUACGUAUAUAUUUCCUUAUACAUCCUACAAAUUGGUUUCCCCAAUCCACAUCCAUUAUUUUUCGACUAAUUUAAUUGUCGCUUUUCACUUGAUCCUGACUAACCCUAAACUACCUUUUAUGUUUUCAGAUACCCCAGAUGAUUUAAUAUCCAAGAUCAGUCUUACGCCUUCCUAUCGGGUUUUUUAGAAGAUUUAACAUUGAAAGAAGACUCAUCAGCAGUCUGAACUCGUACGUGAACGAGUUUUUCGAGAGCUAAUUACUAGUAUUAAAUGUUUUAGUAAAAUUCGGAGCCAAAAUAUGGCGUUCACUAUAUAAUUAAAAAGGUACUAUUGUAGAUAGAGGGGAAAAUGAAGUGCAGUUAAAAAUAUAACCAGACAACUUCAGUUAGUAAGACUACCCCUUCUGUAACAAAUAUAAAGAAGGACUACAACGGGAUCGCCAUUGACUUAUUCUGAGCCAUGUCGGACAAUGACUCAAGUUGCACAAUGUUCAGAACCCCAACCACUUGUCGGAUUUGCAUUGAAAAUACAACAUGGUGGAUGCGGAAUUCAAACGAAAACUAAAUGAAAUUCGUGAGAAAGUAGAAGAUCUUUUUGAUUUUGAAGGAUGUAAAGUUGGUCGUGGAACAUAUGGAAGUGUUUAUAAAGCUAAACUUAAAGAUGGUACAGACAGUAGAGAUUAUGCGUUAAAACAAAUAGAAGGCACUGGUUUAUCUAUGUCUGCGUGCCGAGAAAUAGCUCUUCUUCGUGAGUUAAAGCAUCCAAAUGUAAUUACUCUACAACGAGUUUUUCUGAAUCAUACAACUAGGCGAGUAUGGUUGCUGUUCGACUUUGCAGAACACGAUCUCUGGCAUAUUAUAAAAUUUCAUAGAACAACUAAAGCAAAUAAAAGUACAGUUCAAGUCUAUGGCAAUAUGGUCAAAAGUUUAAUGUAUCAAAUAUUAAAUGGAAUCCAUUAUUUACAUGACAAUUGGAUUUUACAUCGAGAUUUGAAACCUGCAAAUAUCUUAGUUAUGGGUGAAGGUCCUGAUCGAGGUCGAGUUAAAAUAGGUGAUUUAGGUUUUGCUCGUCUAUUUUAUCAACCACUGAAGCCAUUAGCUGAUUUGGAUCCAGUUGUCGUAACAUUUUGGUAUCGUGCACCAGAAUUGCUGCUAGGAGCUAGACAUUAUACGAAAGCUAUUGAUAUAUGGGCUAUUGGAUGUAUUUUUGCAGAAUUACUCACAUAUGAACCUAUAUUUCAUUGUCGUCAAGAAGAUAUUAAAACAAGUACACCAUAUCACAAAGAACAACUGGAACGUAUUUUUCGUGUAAUGGGAUAUCCACCAGAUGAUGCUUGGGUUGAUAUGAAAAAAAUGCCAGACUAUCAUCAAUUAUUACGUGAUUCCAUAAGUAAAAAAACCUAUGGUAAAUAUUCACUGGAAGGUUAUUUUGAAGAGAAAAAAUUUAAAGUGGAUGAAAGAGAAUUAGCUUUGCUCAGACGUUUGUUAACUAUGGAUCCUGUUAAACGUUUAUCUGCUGCUGAGGCUAUGGAAGAUUCCUACUUCAAAGAAGGUGAAAAACCAAAUAAUGAUGUUUUUGGAAAUUUACCUAUACCUUAUCCUAAACGAGAAUUUAUCUCCGAUGAUGAUUCUGAUGAUAAACAAACUGGUGCAGAUAAGAAUGUCACACAAACUGGACAACAACAAAACGCUACUGGAGGAAGACAAACUACAGCACAUCCGACUGGUGGCAGUGGAAUGCAUACUACACAUCCUCAUCAACCUCAGCAACAAUCUCAACAACAACAGCGUGGAAAUAAUGCUCCUCAACCUCAGUUACCAUUGCCUCAACAACAACAGAGAACAAAUGGACAACCACCACCACUGAAUACACAGCAACAGCAACAACACAUGAACUCUGGUCAAUCUAAUCCCCAUACAAGACAAUUAAUUCAUCAACAGAAUAAUAAUGAUGACAUACCAUCUAAUAAGCGUAUUCGGUUAUCCCAGGGGAAUAAUGACACAUCGAUUGCACCACCGCCAUUACCAUCCUCCUCGACGACAUCAUCAUCUACAACAGUUAAUAGUAGUGGGAUCUUACAUACAAACACAAAUAAACCCAGUAUAACAGGACAGUCUCAGCAGUUAUCUAAUACCGCUACUACUACUACCACUUCAGGUUAUGUGAAUCUGCAACAACAACAACCAAUGAGAAAUCUUCCACCUGGUCAUAUGGGGCAUCCGGGAACUUCUUAUCCACGCUAUCACCACUAGCAAUCACAAUUCUUCAUGGAUUACUUUUUUGUAUAUAUUAUUAUUGCCUCAAUAUUCUCAUGGUUCUGUGGCCAAUGUUUUUUGUUUUUCGACACAUUUUUGUACAAUGAUUGUAGUAAAAAUAUACAAGUGUCCUGGUA